CAAUUAGUUAAUUGAGGUCGAUGGACUAACUAUCGGACUAAUGGUCCGUAUCUUGUUAAGUCACAUAAACAAGUUAUAGAACUACCUUCUAAAUUCUACGACCUACGGUCAUAUCCAAUCACCCACAAUUUUGUAUUCAUCCAUAAAUAAAAAGCCAAUGAUAUAUUUCUUUCUUUCUUUCAAUAAAUCCAUGAAGGCAUGAACCAAUAAUAAAUGUAUUUGAUGCAUAUGAUACAUAUUAUCCAAAAUUAUAUUCCAUUUUAUUCUUAAUUAAGUAUAAGAUCUUCCCAUUAAAUUCCAUUUUAUUCUUAAUUAAGUAUAUGAUCUUCACAUUUUAAAUUCUAUUUUAUCUUAAUUUAGUAUAUGAUCUUCCUCUUUUAGUAAUGUAAACUUAAUAAAAUUUUGUACCAUUUGUUGCCGGCCGGUUCUUCUAUAUUAGUAUAUUACAUCAAAUUUAAUGCCACAUUCAUGCUUAUCAUCUACAUCCAACUUCUAAAUAACAUAAACAAUUAAUUUCACUAGAUUUUUAAAGAAAAAUUGUAGAGACAUGGAGAAUCAACAUUAGUAUAAUAAAUACACAAAUAUUCUUAGCCUAGUCUUACUAUACAAAACAAAGAAAUGGCCAAAACGACACGGUUUUUCACUCUCCCUUUCCUCCUCAUUGUCGCCGGCGUGAUCUUUCAACUCUCAGCCGUGACUUCCGCCAUUGGUAUCAACUAUGGAACAUUAGGGAACCUUCAACCUCCGCAACAAGUGGUUGACUUCAUCAAGAAAAAUACCACUUUUGCAAGUGUCAAGAUCUAUGAUGCGAAUCCCGACAUCCUCCGAUCCUUCGCUGGCUCUGAAAUCAACGUCACCAUUAUGGUCCCUAACGGUAACAUUCCUGCGAUGGUCAACGUUGCAAAUGCUCGUCAAUGGGUCGCUGCCAAUGUCUUACCGUUUCAUCAGCAGAUCAAGUUCAAAUACCUUUGUGUCGGAAACGAGAUUCUUUCUAGUAACGACAACAACUUGAUAUCAAAUCUUGUGCCAGCGAUGCAAAGUCUUAACGAAGCUUUAAAAGCUUCCAAUCUCACUUAUAUUAAGGUAACAACUCCACAUGCAUUUACCAUAAGCUUUAACCAUAAUACACCAAGCGAAAGCAGAUUUACUGACGAUCAAAAAGAUUUUUUUACAAAGAUCUUGGAGUUUCAUCGUCAGGCUAAGUCCCCAUUCAUGAUCAACGCCUACACUUUUUUCACGAUGGACCCGAACAAUGUCAGUUACGCAAUAUUUGGUCCAUCAAAUUCAGUAACGGAUACCAAUACACGACAGACCUACAACAACAUGUUUGACGCAGUCAUGGAUGCAACUUACUCUGCUAUGAAUGCUCUUGGCUACGGCGACCUAGAUAUCGCUGUAGGGGAGACCGGUUGGCCUACCGCUUGUGAUGCUCCAUGGUGCUCACCUCAAAACGCUGAAAACUACAACCUCAAUAUCAUCAAGCGUGCAGAGGUUAUAGGGACACCUCUUAUGCCCAACCGCCACAUCGAUAUCUUCAUAUUUGCAUUGUUCAAUGAAGAUGGGAAACCCGGUCCAACCCGUGAGAGAAAUUGGGGGAUAUUUAAACCGGAUUUUUCGCCGAUGUAUGAUGUUGGGGUCCUAAAAGGCGGUAUAAGCCCGCUUCCACCGAUAAACAAUGGAAAAUGGUGUGUGGCAAAACAAGAAGCGACAUACAUGCAACUACAAGCAAAUAUUGAUUGGGUGUGCAGCCAUGGUAUUGAUUGUACACCAAUCUCACUUGGUGGAAUAUGUUUUGACAACAACAACAUGACGACUCGCUCCUCGUUCAUUAUGAACGCUUAUUAUCAAAGCAAGGGAUGUUCUGAUGAUGCUUGUAAUUUUAGCGGUAGUGGCAUGGUCACCACUACCAACCCAAGCACUAGCACAUGCCCUAUACCAAUAGGGGAAGGCGGUGGCGGCACAGAAAGCAAAAGUGGAAAUUGGUGUAUGGCGAAACAAGAAGCGACAGAGACACAACUACAAGCGAAUAUUGAUUGGGUGUGCAGCCAAGGUAUAGAUUGUAAACCAAUCUCACCUGGUGGCCUAUGUUUUGAUAACAACAACAUUAAGACUCGAUCUACGUUCAUUAUGAACGCUUAUUACCAAAGCAAAGGAUACUCCAGAGAGGCUUGUGAUUUCAAGGGUAGUGGCAUUGUCACUAAUACCAACCCAAGCACUAGCACAUGCGUCGUACGAGGCGGUGGGGCACCAGCAUCAGUAACGCCCUGA